UUGACGCAACGUCCGGAACGCUGGUUAAUAACAUCAGCUGUUAAUGCCAAGAUGGCGCACCGCCCGGCGGACGGUUGCUUGGUCGCUGACCAAACGGUGGACCAGGGAGUUCUGAGGCGUUGCAGGGGGCGACCCAGACUCACGGACUCCGACCGAGCCCAGAGACGCCUCGAAUCCCGCAAGAAGUACGACGUUCGGAGGGUUUACCUCGGAGAAUCCCACAAGCUGUGGAGCGAGCUCCGCAGACGGACCAGCCUGAGUGAUGCCGGGCUGGCAGAGUACCUCAUCCUGCUCAACUCCACCUACGGAGACCAAUACCAGCAAAAACACUGCGGGAAGCAGAGUGUGUCUAGCCUCCAGAGUCUUGUGUGUUGGUACCAGGAGCACGCUCGGUCCUGCCCCCACGAGCCCCAGCUCAGAGCCCUGGAGCCCCAGGCCGACUUCUCCACCGCUGCCAUCUGGCAAUGCCACUCGGAUCACUCCUUUGUGCAGUACCUCUACUCGCCUCUGAGGGGAGCAAGUGAUUCAGAGCAGGAGGAGUGCUCCAAUGUGGACAGCGACGGAGAGAUGGCGGCCAGUAAAGAUGCGCAGCUGUCCAAAGGCACUGUGAGCAGGCUGAGAAGAAAGGAGUGUCAUAGAAAGUUUACAGUUUCAGACGUCGGAGAAGAUGUUUUUGAGGAGCAGAGUUCGACCACGAGCCAGACGGAAGAAACCGGAGCGCCAAACCACCACCCCGUCACGGAAUCCCCGCCCGGAGACGCAGCUCUGACGGGACGGCCCGAUUGGGAGGUGGAGAUGGUGCCGCAGCAGGGCUCCUUUGCGGAGGAGCUGGACUCCAUGCCUGCAGAGGAAGAGGAGGACGCCACCGAGGAUCUGAGGCGAGGGAAGGACGGGAGGGAAAGAGAAGUGGAGGAAGUCGGAGAAGAAGAAGAGGAAACCAGGUCUGCCGGGCACGAUUACCAGUGCAUCACCGCAUCCUUGGUUGAACUGGAGAAGGGGGGGGAGCUUCCAGUCCCGCCGCCCAUGCAGGUACACGAACAGACCGAGCUGUUUGACCAUCAAGCUCUGCAGUCGGUGGUGACGGGCUGCGAGAUUCCCGAGCAGAGGGUGGCUCUGGAGGCCUCGCAGCUGAUCAUCAUCUCCGCUCCCAGCUACGAGGCGCUGGCGUCAGAGGAAAUCCAGCUCAACGUGGCCAGUGGAAAUGUGGAGGAAGUCUCCUGUUCCGUCAUAGGGACGGGCACCUACAGCCAGGUGUGCACAUUGGAU